CCCCUGACAUCCUUCCAAGCCGACCUAGACGAAAUUCAAGUGUGUAUUAAGAGUUGACAAGGGGGUUGUGUUGAUCCAUGCCAUCACGCGUCCUCCGUUCGUAUAAAUAACAACCAUGUAUUGUUUCCCGCUCUUUCCUCCACCUCCCCCGCCUUUUCUCCCCACUCGUUCGCGUUUCCUAAAAUAAUACUGUCGUAUUAUAAAAACACUUCGCCGUCUAAACGCUCAUUUUGACUCUCCCCACCUCAUGGCUGGUUGUGGCGGUAUGCCUUCGUUCCGCUUUACUUGAACAAAUCUACCUCCAGGUCUAGGUUAUUCCAAUACCCCGCCAAUUAUGUAUCCGUACAAUCCAGACGAACACCAUCCCAAUUCCACCUUUCCUUCUGGGAGCCAAGGUCGUCGCCGCUUAUCGUCAGACAGUAACCUCAACUUUCCCUAUCAUCCCUAUGGACUUUCCCCGAACAAUUCUGAACAAGCAUCCUCUGCAGAUGGGAUCAAUGCUUCCGGUGCCUACGAGUAUUGGAACAAUUUUACACCCUCAGCACCGCCUUUCAACACUCACGGAACUAGUACGUUAUCCGUUCGCAUGGCGUCGUUUCUUACUUGGCUCGCUUAGCUUCUCAAUGUCAUCCUUCAUUAAAACAAAUCCCGUACCAUGAACGCAGCGACGCAUACAUGAACUCUCCUUUGUCUUGGACAA